GCAGCGGCGGGCAAAGGCGAUUAGGGGGCAGCAAGAAGAGACGUCGUAGCCAAGUCGAACAGCAGUAGCGUUAAGGCAGUCUGAGAGAAUGGCUCGCGGCGCAACACGCUGGAGCAUUCUGCUGGGCUCGCUGGCCCUUGUGCUGGCCCUAAUCGCGCCCUUCACCGUAGCCCUGUCCAAAAGGGAUCUAUACCAGUACACGGGACCGGGCUCCAACACCCUCGAAACCGAUAACGGAAUGCUGAUAUCCGCCGAGGUUCUCCUCAAAACGCCCAUCGUUUUCUACGACAAAAUCUACAACUCGAUAUUCGUAAAUGGAAAUGGCGUUCUCUCAUUCGCUAGGGCCAUGCAAAGGUUUUUCAACAUUGCAUUCCCUCUUGAUGAUCCAGUCAUCGCGCCUCUUUAUACACACGUUGACACGAGAGCUUCCGGAACUAUUUAUUGGAGCGAAACCGAUUCUCCCGAUGUUCUCGCUAGAGCCGGAGGAUUGAUCCGAAGUGCCUUUAAGAACGCCAAUAACUUUGUGCCUACGCACGUCUUUUUGGCCACUUGGAUGGACGUUGGUUAUUAUAAUGAGCGAAAUGAUAAGGUGAAUACUUAUCAAGUCGCUAUAUCAUCCAACGGUACGCAUUCCUUUGUUGAACUACUGUACCCGGAAAAUGGUAUACAGUGGAUUCAGGGUGAAUCGCAUCCCAACGGUCUCCCAGAUGCCAAGGCACAGGCAGGAUUCAUGAGCGAGGGCAAAAUGUAUACCCUGAGGGGCUCGGGCACGGACCAAAUUCAGAAUGUCGACAAGUGGUCAAAUGUAAAUAGGCCUGGCCAGUGGCUAUUUCAAGUUGGUCCUAUCGGCGAAAACGAAAAUACCUACAUAAAGAUUCCCAAUAAUAUUGAAGACACGAUGACUAUGCAUCAAGCGGCUAGCUGUAGGACCGGCGCCACCACUUGCCACAGUAAAGCGACUUGCAUCGAUUACGAGAUCGGAUUCUGCUGCAGUUGCAAGCAGGGCUAUUUCGGCAACGGGAAAUCCUGCCAGCCAAACGACGUGCCUCUUCGGGUUAUUGGCCGAAUAUCUGGCAAGUUAAAUAACAUCGAAUUCCCCUCAAGAGAUCUUCAAUGCUACGUACAAACCAAAGAUGGACGAACAUAUACCGCCUUAUCAAGGGUACCUCAAGAAAUCGGUGCUAGUUUCCAACUUUUAGGCAAUUUGGGUGGCGUGAUUGGUUGGCUAUUCGCAAAACCUAUCAGCGACACUGAAAACGGAUACGAGCUUACAGGCGGCUUAUUCAACCACACGGCGGAACUGAACUUCCCAUCGAGUGGCGACAAAGUGACGAUACGCAGCAAUUACCUUGGAUUGGACGUCUUCGGUCAGCUGAAAAUGGAAGCGGAGAUCACGGGUACGGUGCCGUACCUGGAGAGAGACACCAGGGUAGACUACGGCGAUUACGACGAACUCUACACUCGUGCCCAAUCAGGAAUGAUCCGUUCUCAAAGCGAGCGCACCUGUAAACUUUCGCGUGGCAGCGGGGACGAGCGGGAAAUUAACUUCAAGCUGGAUCAGAUAAUUAGUUACAAGGAGUGCCCGUACGCUAUCUUCGAUCCCGAGGACGACACGAGUAGGCUGAAGUUUUUCAGAGGUGUCACCGCUUACGAGGGCACCGAGGGCAUCAUUCGAUUUGCCGUCAACACCAAGAUAACGCCCCUCGAAGAAGAGGACCCGUGUAUUCAAGGACGACAGACAUGCGGCGAUCAUAGCUCCUGCGUGGUCGAUGGAGACAGCUUUAGAUGUGUGUGUAACGCAGGGUAUCAGUAUCUGUACGAGGAAGACGGCAGUGCGAUUUGCGUGGACGUGAACGAAUGCACAGCCGGUAAUCACAUGUGUUCCCCAGACGCUCAAUGCAUUAAUCAGGAAGGCAGCCACAUGUGCCAAUGCAGAGCUGGUUUUACGGGAGACGGUCGUGUUUGUGAAAGAUUGCCAUCUUGUGAAGAUACUCGCUGUGGAAAUUACGAGCAAUGUGUGAUGGUCGGAAAUACACCUACAUGUACCUGUAUGCCUGGUUUCGAGGAAACGGACCAGGGAUGUUACCCCUCUCAGCAUGCACCCUGCAACGAGGAAGAUAAUUGUUCCCCAUACGGACUCUGCAGUUUCGACGGGAAUAGAAAGAAACACGUGUGCGUUUGUAUGCCUGGUUACGUCGGCGAUGGAUACACGUGUUACUCCGAAUCCGAUGUCACCACAACAGACGAACCGCCGCAACCGCAGUGCGUGGUUGGAGUGUGUUGGUGUCCGAGUGGUUGGGAAUUCCGUAACCAUGCUUGCGUGAGGCAAGAGGGAGAAUAUACGACAGUUGACUAUCGAGACUUAUCGGCACAUCCGCUCCCGGGAUGCUUCGACGACGUCUGCAUAUGUCCCUUGGGAUACGAUUACGACCAUUUGGAACGAAUUUGCGUUCCGCUGCCAGGAUACCAACACGACACGAAGGGUCCAUCAGGAUCUAAUCUAUCUUGCAACGUGGUGAAUAGGUGUCAUCCCUACGCCCAGUGCAUCUACGUGACGAGUACCGGUGAUUACGAGUGCCGCUGCAACCCGGGAUACGAGGGCGAUGGUAUGGAGUGCACUAAGACAGAAGUAUCCUGCUUGGAAGUGGAUAUCUGUGACCUCAACGCGUCCUGCCAGUACGAGGAACCGAUGGCAAGAUGCGUGUGCAAUCCAGGAUAUGUGGGCGACGGAACAACAUGCAGUCGUAUCGACGAGUGCAACGACAAUUCCGAGUGCGAGAAGAACGAACAAUGCACCUACCACCCUAUGAGCUCGCGCUACGAAUGCACCUGCAAACCCGGAUUCAGCAUGGACAUGAACGAUCGAUGCGUGCCGUCCGAUUGCUCAACGAAUCUUUCUCAGUGCCACGUGAACGCGCAAUGCGUGCCGUCCGACGACGGUGGUUACAAAUGCGUCUGCAUAAGCGGCUAUCACGGCGACGGUAUGCGCCAGUGUGUGGAAGACCAUAUCGGCUGUAACGUUUUGAAUAACUGUGGCCGAAAUGCAAUUUGCGGGUACAAUCAGACGUCCGCGAAUUUCGCGUGCAUUUGCCAAUCGGGUUACUACGGUAACGGUUUCACGUGUCGGCCACAAUCCUCGUGCAGACACGAUCCGAAUCUCUGUUCAUCCGAGGCAACGUGCGUGUCGAGUGGUGAAAAUCAGUUUGCUUGCGUUUGCAACGAGGGUUUCGUCGGCGACGGCAUAAAUUGUAAGCACCGGCCGAGGCACGACUCCAAUUUUUUGUUGGUGAACCAAGGAAUGGCCACGCAUCGGAUACCGUUCGUGCCCACACAACAGAAUCCAGGAAAUCCGAUCUACAUAGCUUACACGCAAAUGGCGAUAGCCCUAGAUAUCGACUGCCUUGGCGGCAAAGCUUACUCCAGUGAUAUUACUGGCAACAGGAUAGUCGAACUAUCUUAUAACGGAUCGAUGGCAGAGACAUUUAUUCCGAAAGUUAGCAGUCCCGAGGGACUGUCGGUCGAUUGGGUCUCGAGGAACAUCUUCUGGACCGACUCAGGCAAGACGACCGUCGAGGUUGCCAGUCUAGUGACAAAGAAACGCAAAGUCCUCGUUUCCGAUGGACUGGUCAAUCCGAGGGGAAUAGCUGUUCAUCCAUAUCGAGGAAAAAUAUUUUGGUCUGACUGGAAUCGCGCCUCCCCCAAACUAGAGUGGGCUAACGAAGAUGGAACAGACCGAGCAAUCUUCCUUCAGGGUGAUUACGUUAAGCUGCCAAAUUCAUUAACUAUCGAUUGGGCGACGGAUGAGCUGUGCUGGGCCGACGCUGGGACGUUCUCGAUAAGUUGUAUUGAAAUAGACAGUAAAAAAGUCACCGUCGUCGCAAAUGAACUUACUUAUCCGUUCGGCUUGGCAAUUUCUCAAAAUCAUUACUACUGGACCGACUGGAAAACACACAAGAUCGAAGUCGGCAUGAAGACUAAUGGCGAAAGACGCGCACCAUUGUCUGUCCCGCCUGGUGGGAGUGGGAAACUAUACGGUAUCGUGGUCGUUCCAGAGUCAUGUCCCAGAGUGACAAAUGUGUGCCAGUACGACAAUGGAAGAUGCAACAAGAAUCAGCUUUGUCUACCGGACGGCCAAGGCGGCAGAACGUGUGCGUGCGCGGAUGAUGCGAAAGGACUCUGUACCGACUCCCGUUACCUGUCUUAGAUCCGUCUUCGAUCUUGCACGGAAAUAAAACAACGCAAAGCCCCGCCUCGCGUCCGACAUUAUGAUAGCUGAUAAGAAAGUUUCGCACUGGCGCUCACACCGAGCUAAAAUCGCAAUAACCAUUAGACCAAAUGUAAAUUAUAACAUUAUUCGUAAUAUUAAUUAUAGCUGUCACCGAUAUUCUCAAAUAACAUCUACUUUUGUAUCUAUUAAUCGCAAUACGCGAUACAAGCUGUACUGCGAACAGAUCUUAUUUAAUAAAAAUGAAGGAAACAGCGAGCGAA